CACACACACACACACACCACAGUGAUCUAUUUGCAGAGCGAGCUACCGCAAAGCUCGGUGCUCCGUGAUUGUGUUAAACGCAAGGGUUUGUUUCACGCUCUCAACCCGUUAACCUCGAACAAUGCUCCAAACAAGUCCACGGCGGUGUGUAAUCUACACCGGACGUUAACGACGAAGGGUAAACGGUGAAAACGAUAAUCUUAUGAUUGCAGGUCAACAAGAUUAACCCUUUACACGCCGCCUCGAGGAAUUCCGAAAAACCGAGACGGUUAUUUGAAGAAUGUGAGGACAUCUCGACGGCACCGCUUUGGUAAUGCGGUACUGGCAAACCGGGAAUUAUCCGUUAAUAGCCAUUGGAAUCACUGAACCGGGGGAAUAAGAAUGUUGUUGGGGAAGCGAACAUUCUACUGUCAAUCAACCGAAUCCGCCUGAACAGAUCAAUGGAAGCUUGUGCGUCGUUACCGACGGAGAAUUAAACAGGGACGCGACAAUAACCGUCACUCUGCUCUCAUAUUCAGUGUUUGACUGAAGAAGCACUGACACUCCGCGCGCUCCUACCCAGACUCUCAUGAAACCACAGACACCUUCCACGACCAAGAAUCGUGCUCGUGGGCGUUUACCGUGAGAAGAAAGGGUAGAGUUGUCCGUCAGUGUUGUGAGUGGCGAGGAUGGCGGCCGUGGUGAACUACUCUCCGCCGUGGUGGGUCAGCUUGCUGCACCGACUACCGCACUUCAACCUGCAGCUAGAGACGGUUAGCAGUGAUUUCAGACCCGAGGACUCCGAGUACCAGCAGUCGGUGCUGUUGCUAGGCGCUGUGGCUUUGCUGUGUCUGGCCUUGGACCUCCUGUUCCUCCUCUUCUAUUCCUUCUGGCUGUGCUGUCGCACACGCAAGAACCACGACACACACACACACGUUCACACACAGCAGCCUGGCCCUGACUGCUGCUGCACCGCCUGGUGUGUGAUCAUAGCCACGCUGGUUUGCAG